AUGGGAUCGGACGUGAGUACUGCUGAAGACUGCAAUUUGAACAACACCGGUAAUUUGUCAACAGCCGAGGUUGCCCAAUUUUUGUUAUUUAGCCCAUUUGAGAAGGUCACACGAGUGUCCGUCCUUCCAAUGAUUCUUGCGAUUGGACUGAUUGGGAAUGCUGCCUUUCUCUUCACCAUCGCCCAAGUCCGGAGCAUGAGAACGGCAACCAACUUUUAUCUGUCGAAUCUUGCUGUGUCAGACUCAGUGUUUCUGUCCAUCGCUAUCGUAUCAAAGCUGCGAGAGUUUUCCAUCUACGGGGUACCGAACAGCGCGCCGCUACUCGGUAUGCUGGGCUGCGUGCUCGGAGAGGUCACAAAGUACUUGUUCAGCUUCGCCGGUAUGAUUUUCAUAACUUUUAUAUCUUUGGAGCGUUACAUCGCCGUGUGUCAUCCACUUCGACACCGACUCAUCAACGGUUCAGGCCGGUCUGUAAAGCUCAUCACACUCUGCUGGUUGGUAGCUCUACUACUCGCUUUGUUUGUGGUACCUGCUAAUCUCAAGUUCAUACAGUUUUGCCUCUCAUGGCCUGAAGAUGAACCCGAACUGUACUCUGAGUAUCCAACCAUUAUUGGAAGAUGUGCUGGAUUAGGAGAGUGGGCUUACCAACUCUUCCAUCUGACGCAGACCAUACCCUUCUUCGUUGCUUUCUUUGGUAACGCCUUCUUCUACACCCGGAUCCUACUCAAACUUCAUCAGCGAGACACCGAUGAGGACCGUAAGAGGGUGAUCCGUACCCGGAACCAAGUAGCCACCAUGUUGGUCGCCAACGGAACAGUCUUCUUCUUUACCACAACCCCAUUCGAAGUGACUUCAUUCCUCCUCUUCGUGGAAGGAUUCCUAGACUCCGAAAUCAUCCCACAAAACAUCAGACCAUUCUUAUUUGAAGUGAACCGUAUCUUGUUGUACAUCAACUCUGCUAUCAACCCCAUCGUGUACACCGUCACCAAUGCUAGGUAUAGACGCGCGUUUAGGAAGGCAUUCAUGCUGAACAAGUGCAGUAGCAGACGACUCAGGAAUACAACGUUAUCAAGUGUUACCCCUGCUCAAAACGCAUACCAACUCAAUGGUGUUGACCCGUCGAUACCAAUUCCGGCUUCCGAAGCUAAUCGUUCAGGUGGACCGUUUCUGAAUCACGGCUUUGACUUCAACGAACACACGGGAACUAAAGAGAACGAAAAUGCGGCUGGCGUGUUUCACGUACCUCAUCAAACUGAGUGA